AUGAGUACUAAUGGGUGGGAUGCACAGAUGCUAUACAACACUCUAUCUAGCCAUAUUGCAUUACACAUUAAGAGGAUACAGUUGGUCCAGGAAAACAAAAAUGAUUAUGCUAUAUGGAAUGCAACUGAGGAUGGUCAUUUUAUAAAUGGUUUUGCUUGGAAUAUAAUUAGGGAUCACAGAACAAUCAAUGUCACAAUCAACAUGGUAUGGCACAAAUUAAUUCCCUUCAAACAAUCUUUCAUGUGUUGGAAAAUCUUCCUUGGUAGAAUCCCCAUUAGACAAACUAUUACAAGAUUGGAUUCCCAAGAUACUGAAGUUUGUAGUUGUUGUCCAACACCUGUCAUAGAGACACUGCAACAUGUAUUUGUGGAUGGUAGAGCAGCCGAGUAUGUAUGGAAAGCCAUGGGCAAUCCUUUGGGAAUCAUCUAUCAACAAUUACCGAUCAGAGGUCUUCUUAAUAGGUGGUGGAACAUUAAGGCAAGAAACAUAGUCCACAAACUAAUAUUGCAAGCUCUUUCUGUAAUUAUCUGUUGGGAGAUUUGGAAAUCUUGGGCUGCAUGUAAGUAUGGGGACAACAACAGCUUUUACUUGUAUCGAAUGGUUACUCAAUGUGUUUGGAAUAUCAAGGAAGUUCUUCAGAAUGCAUCUCCUACUCUGGACACUACUGGUACAUGGAGUAAUCUCUGCAAAUUAGUGGAGAAGCUCAAACUUGUGGUCAUAUGUACCUCUGUUCAUUGGAUAAAACCAGCACCUGGGAAAGCUGGGAUUGAGGGUAUUGUGAGAAAUAGCAAUGGAGACUUCAUCUUUGCAUUUUCUAUCCCGGUACAAGCCAGUAGCAGCUCGCAAACAGAAGUCAUAGCAGCGAGAUUUGGGGUAGAAUGGUGCACUCAACAUGGCUACUCUCAUCUUCAUGUGGAGAUUGACUCUCUGAUUUUCACUAACAUCCUUACAAAUCAGAGCACCAACAACUUGAAGCUACAACACAUUAUCAAUGGCACAACUACUAUGCUUGACAACACUGUUUCUUGUAUCUCUCAUUGCCUUACAGAAGCAAACCAAAUUGCGGAUCUGUUGGCAAAGUUGGCUUCUACAAGUGGAAACAGGACCUUAUAUCACUCUCAUAACAACUUUCCUAAAGAGGCAAAGGGGUUGAUUCAACUUGACAAAUGGCAAAUUCCUACUUUUAGAAGACGAUAUGAAAAAU